AUGUACAGUCACUUUGCAGAGCAUUUUAUCGAGCCUUGGUCGGCAGAGUUGUCGCAGAGCCCGGUGAAAAUUGCAGGGCAGCUCACCUUGGCGUGCUGGCAGAACUGUGAAUGUGUUGCCGGAUUUUCCAUCUCGUGCGCGCGGGGCGUGUGUCUUCUCGCAUGUGUUGCAGUUGCAUGUGUCCAGGACAUGCUGCAUUGUAGCAGCGUCCGAGAUGCGCUGCCUACAGCUCAUCCAGGAAAAGCGCGUGGCUUCUUGGUUUCAAAGCAGAAGCUCAUACCGCAGUUGUGUCUUCUCAACGAUACGGGCGAAUGA